GGGGAGUACGUCAUCAUCCAGCGGCUACAGAUCAACCUGCGUCUGGGUUUUCUUUGGGGUCUGUGAGAUGAAGCCAUACUCCCUCUUGAACUGUAUCUUCAGCACCUCAGUGUCCUCAGCCAGCUGUACCUGGGUGUCCUCGAUCUCCCUCAGCUCCUCCAGGAUGGUGGGAAAGUGCUGUACCUUCAAGAAGUAUUAACUGAAUUCUUGUGCAUGUAGAAAAAAUUUCAGAUGGAACUACAGCUCCAGUCAAGAACUGCUGACAAUAGGGAUUCCCUCUGUGCAGCGUCCCCGAGGGAGCUACCUCUUGGACACCCUGCAGUCUCUCUUCUUUGCUUCCUCCUCAUCUGAGCAGAAACACUUCAUUGUUCUGGUACAUCUGGCAGAUCCUGAUUCCACAUGGCGUGGUCAAAUGAUCUCCAACAUCUCAACCCUCUUUAAACCAUAUAUCCAAGCCAACCAGCUAGUAGUGAUCAAUACUCCACUUAAAAGCUAUCUUCCCUUGAAGGACUUUAAGAAAAACUUUAAUGACACUCCUGCCUAUGUAGCCUUCCGUUCCAAGCAGAACAUGGAUUAUGCCUUCCUCAUGAACUUUGCUACCAACCACUCCGACUAUUUCCUGAUGAUUGAAGAUGACGUGAAAUGUGUCCCUGGAUUUGUCACCCAGAUAGCUGCCACAGUGUCUGCCUGGGAAAAAAAACCUUGGGUGACUCUGGAGUUCUCUCAGCUGGGCUUCAUUGGAAAACUCUUUCACACUAAAGACCUCCCCUGUUUUGUUCAUUUCCUUCUCCUCUUCUACCAAGAAAUGCCCUGUUACUACCUCCUCACCCAUUUUCAUGAACUUAUGCAACAAACACCAAUCCAGUUCUUCCCUUCCCUCUUCCAGCACAUGGGUAAUUAUUCCUCCUUUGAGGGCAAAUUCAAUAGUCUCAAAGAUAGAGAGUUUGAGGAAGAUGACUUUGGCUCUCCCAGCAACCCUGCUGCAUCCAUCUACACUAGCCUGAAGGUUGCUAAUGCCUCUGUUCUCAUGAAUGCCUAUAGCUUGGAUAAGAAUUUCUUUUAUACCAAGUCAGCUGAGGCUGGCAGUCACUUGACUGUGGUUUUGGACACACCUGCCAAAGUUUUCCGAGUUCAAGUGCUGACUGGCUCUGACCUAAAAGAAGAAAAUCAGCUUAAAGAGGGACAUAUUGAACUGGGCUAUGAUUCUACUAAUAGGAUCAAUGACUGUGAUGACUAUAUUCUACUGGGGCUACUAGUAAAUGGUGUCCUGAAUAAGCAGGUAUUAUCUAAUGAGUCUGGGAAGAAGGUGAAAUGUGUGAGAUUGCUGGUGACAGGCACUCCACCCUCUGGGAUAAUAGUUAGGCACAUCAACCUCUGGGUUAAAUGAAGUUUAAGUAAUAUGUCAUGUGGAGAAGACAUUGGAAGUUCUGGAGUGUUCAUGUUGGAGGUUAGAAUAUAAAGAGGUUAAAAAAUUAAAGUGUUUAAAUUGGUUGGGGA